AUGAUGUUUCCUUGCAGCGCCUUGUCGCAUCAUCUCUACCCGGACCUGCUGCGUCCGCCGGCCGCUCUGACUUGCCCUGUCCCCCGGUCACUGCCUUCGGGCUACCGCGUGGAAGAUCUCCUCCGAAUCAGCCAACCUGCGUACAACUACAUACAGCGGACCUUCUCGGCCGCAAACCCCGGCGACGUCCUCUCGCUAAGCCCGGAGCAGGGCGCCUCAUCCCGGGCGUCGGGACCCAGCACUGCCCGCUCUGUGUUUCAGUGCUCCGGGCAGCCAAACCACAGCGGCGGUUCCCCGCAGUCCGCGUGUCCGGCCUCGAAUUGUUUGAAGUUCGGCGUCAGUGCCAUACUAGCACCGUCCACAAGGGGUGUCCACAGUUUGCAGACCAAAUCAUUUCCUCUACCAUUCUUGGAUGCAAGUCUCCAUCCUUUCAUCAGAACUUCCUAUUUCACAGGAACCUUUUCAUGGCCCCUUGCCCCCAGAGGGAAGCCUAGGCGGGGCAUGCUGCGACGAGCUGUCUUUUCAGAUCUUCAGAGGAAGGCCCUGGAGAGAACUUUCCAGAAGCAGAAGUAUAUCAGCAAGCCAGACAGGAAAAAGUUGGCCAGUAAAUUGGGACUCAAAGACUCACAGGUGAAAAUCUGGUUUCAAAACCGUAGAAUGAAAUGGAGGAACUCCAAAGAAAGGGAGCUGCUGUCAACAGGAGGCUGCCGUCAGCAGACCCUCCCCACCAAAACCAACCCUCACCCGGACCUCACGGAUGUGGGUAGCACCUUCUGCCACAGCGGGCUGGAGAGGAUGGCGACCACCAGCCAAGGACAGUUGGAGGGUCAGGAGACAAAUCUGCCCCGUCGUCAUCAUCAGCAUCACCAUCGAUCCUCGCCGUCAGAUUCCAGUAAACAAUCAGAGUCAGAAAGUGAAGAAAUCAAUGUUUCUUAA